GCGACCUGGAUUCACAAAAGUGGGAGAUUCGAAGUGGCUGCGGCAAAACAAAGCGGAUUUAAACAUUAUUUGUGUCUAAAAGCGUCACCUAAAGCACUGACACAAACAUUUGGCAACUUUUACUAACCGUGUAUGUGAUGGCCACCCCGAGCAAGACACCACCCGGCGCAGACCCGAAGCAGCUGGAGCGGACCGGGACGGUCCGGGAGAUCGGCUCCCAGGCUGUGUGGUCCCUAUCCUCCUGUAAACCAGGUUUCGGAGUGGAUCAGCUGAGGGACGACAACCUGGAGACCUACUGGCAGUCAGACGGAUCCCAACCUCACUUAGUCAACAUACAGUUCAGGAGGAGAACGACAGUGAAGAUGCUGUGUAUUUACGCUGACUAUAAGUCAGAUGAGAGCUACACACCCAGUAAGAUCUCAGUCAGAGUGGGCAACAACUUCCACAACUUACAGGAAAUCAGGCAGUUGGAGAUGGUGGAGCCCAGUGGAUGGAUUCACAUCUCUCUGAUGAAUCAGCGGACAAACGAACCGAUCAGCACCUUCAUGAUCCAGAUCGCAGUGCUGGCCAACCACCAGAACGGCAGAGACACGCACAUGCGGCAGAUCAAAGUCUACACGCCUGUGGAGGAGAGCUCCGUUGGAAAGUUCCCACGAUGCACCACGGUGGACUUCAUGAUGUACCGCACAAUCAGGUGACCGCCUGACCAUCAGUGUGCCCCUGGAAAGUUUGGGAAUCAUGUAAGAUGUCCAGCAAAGAGCGAAAAUGGCACAGACUGAAAUAUGGAGCUGCUGCUCAUAUAAACAUCAGAUUCUGACAUGAUGGGGAUUGAUUGAUUCCAGAAUUGAUUAAUCUCGAACUGCAUAUCAUUAAGGUUUUUUUAAAUGUGACUUCUUUUUAAAAAAAAUAAAGUACUAAUAUUUAAAGGUAAGCUGCCAAUAUUAAAGAUAACCACAUUUAAUACUGAAAA